AUGGCGUUACCGGGUCCAACUCUCUUCUCACAUCCUCAGAGAAAGGGGUUCGAACAUUUCAUAUACUCAUUUCAUAUGAAAUAUGGUGGAUUAGGACUACAAGAUGAGAUGCUAAUUCAUCUGAUGUGUUUAAAACAACAAGAAUAUGCGAAGGAUUUUGUUGAAGCCCUGCGAGCCAAACUCAAGGAAAAUGAGUUUGCUCAACGCACAGAAACCUACGUAAAGCUGAAUCAGCUUCGAAAACGCUCACUGGUAACAGAUUGUUGUCUUAAACUUGAGGACUUCACUCAUCAAGUGCACAUAGAUGCGAGUGAAAAGGAAUCAUCCUCCAUCCGCGCACUGGUAACGCAACUCAUAGAAUGGAAGGAAUAUGUCCAACUCUUCAGCACGCUAGAGCUAUCCAAACAGGAAGCAGCCUAUGAGAAACUCAGAAAUCUGGCACAAAGCACUGAGGGACGCCGACUUAUGGCUGAAGACGGUUUACUCUCAAAGCGAGUCAGGAAAUCAAUUCCAGCUAUAGACAAAGCGGAAAUCGCAAUCAUAUCCCUCUUCUGA